AUGGGCGACAUGUUGACUACUACUCCACAUAAAGAAACUACACUACAAGAAAACCAAGAAGAUGAUUCUUUCAAAGAAAAUGCAGAAGAAACUGUCAAACAUAUUUCAAUUGAAGAAGCAUCGAACGAGACUCUUAAUGAAAAACCAGAGGCACAUACUCAAAAAUGUGAGUAUAAUCCAAUAACUCAUUUCAAAAAUUUCUUAAACGGUUUUAAAAGACAAAAGCAAAAUGAAGAGGGUGCUGACUUAGAAAUGCAAGACACCCAACUUUCAAAAACAAUCAAGGCUCGUCACUUACUAAUGAUAAGUUUGGGCACUGGUAUUGCUACAGGUUUAUUAGUAGGGAAUGGUCAAGUUCUCUCUAAAGCUGGUCCAGGUGGUCUGGUCAUUGGAUAUUUUAUCUCCUCUGUAAUGAUUUAUUGUAUGAUUCAGAGUGCUGGAGAACUUGGAAUUUGUUACCGUGGAUUGGUGGGAAACUUUACAAGAUAUUCCUCUCUAUUAAUUGAUCCAUCAUUGGGAUUUGCUCUUUCUAUCUUAUACACUUUCCAAUGGUUGACUGUCUUACCUUUACAAUUGGUUACUGCUGCUAUCACCAUUGAAUUCUGGACAGAUUUAAACCCUGAUAUAUUUGUUGCAAUAAUAUUUAUUGUUGUUAUUGUUGUAAAUCUUUUUGGUGCAAGAGGGUACGCAGAAGCAGAGUUUUUUUGUAAUCUAUGCAAGAUAUUAAUGAUUAUUGGGUUUAUUAUAUUAUCUAUAAUCAUAAUUUCUGGUGGUGCUGGUAAUGAUGGAUACAUCGGUGCAAAAUAUUGGAAAAAUCCUGGUGCUUUUGCUAAUGGAUUCAAAGGUGUAUGCACAGUAUUCACCUAUGCGGCAUUUAGUUAUGGUGGUAUUGAAGUUCUUGUAUUGAGCAUCGAUGAACAAGAAAAUCCCAUAAAGGUUGUGCCAAAUUGUUGCAAAAAAGUGGCUUAUAGGAUUUUAUUCAUAUAUUUGUUGACAACAAUUCUGGUUUGUUUUUUAGUCCCUUAUACGAGCCCUCAAUUACUAGGAUCAUUGAAUAAGGGUGAAAAUUCAGGGUCUCAUGCAUCACCGUUUGUAAUUGCAGUUGAGUCUCAUGGUGUUAAAGUUGUUCCCCAUUUUAUUAACGCUGUAAUAUUAAUUUCUGUCAUUUCCGUUGCUAAUUCAUCAGUAUAUUCUUCAGGAAGACUUUUAUUAUCCUUAAGCGAACAAGGAACUUUUCCUCAGUUUUUAAACUACAUUGACCAAAGAGGACGCCCAAUACGUUGUUUUGUAAUAUCUCUUACAUUUGGUUUGAUUGGAUUUGUUGCUUCGAGCGAGAAAAGACAAGAUGUAUUCACCUGGUUAUUAGCCAUAUCUGGUCUUUCACAACUCUUCAUUUGGUUGGCUAUUUGUUUAUCUCACAUAAGAUUUAGAGACGCAAUGAAAACCCAAAAGAAAUCGAUGGAUGAAGUUGGUUAUAAAGCUCAAACAGGUUAUUGGGGAUCAUGGGUAGCUGUAUUAAUAGGGUUGUUCAGUUUAGUGACACAAUUCUGGGUGGCUAUUGCCCCUGUUGACAAGAAUGGUAAAUUGGACGUUAUGAGUUUUUUUCAAAACUAUCUAGCUUUCCCUAUUGUGUUGGUUGCAUAUUUUGGACACAAACUUUACUACGGUAAUUGGUGCCCUUUAAUUCCUCUUUCCAAAAUAGAUUUAGACUCUCAUAGAAAAAUAUAUUCGCCAGAAGAAAUUACUGAAAUUGAAUUACAGACAUCUGGUGAGACUAUAUUUGAAAAGUCAGGAAAAGAAGAGGGGCUUAAUGACAAUGUCACUAAAGAACACGACAAGAAAUCCGUAUACUCAAAUUAA